AUGACGGCAAACAUAUUUUCCAGGCUACAAUAUUUACGCAAUCCUUUCCAUAAAUUCUCAUUAUCUAAGAGUAAGGAAGAUUUGAUUAAAAUGGCAAUGACUUUUAUAAUGUUAAUUUAUGGACUUUUAUUAGGAUUAUCUACUCUUCUUGAUUGGAAAGGAAAUUUGUAUGAGAUUAAGAAAAAUUUUUUCAUCAUAAUGCUUUUCCGUCUAAUAUUCACUUCUUUGUUCACUCUGGAUUGGACUAUCAUCUUCUUCACUCUACCAAAGUUUACACUUUCAUUUAUAGUUGAUACAAUCAUUCUGCUUAUCGAUAUUUCUUCGGUGAUCCAAGUGAUAAUUGCAUUUAAUCGCACAGGAAAUGAUUCUGAUUCGGUGGAAACUACGCUUCUUUUAUCCAUUUUGGGUCUAACCAGAUUAUAUAAGCUAUGCCUAAUAAAUUCAUCAUUAGUGACACUCUCUAAGUCAAUAAUCGUUAGUAUAAAAUCAUUAGUAUGGGCUGCAUUCUUUUUGUUUGUGGUAAUAUACAGCUCAGCUAUCUUUGCUACUUGGUCAUUUAAUAAGGUGGAAAAUGAUGAUAUGUAUGAGUUUUGGGGAACUAUUUUCAAAAGCAUGUUUACAUUAUUCACUGUGUUAACGCUGGAAGGCUGGAAUGAUGUAGCCACUACUACUGCUGCAUCUUACCCAAAUAGUAAGUUAUUUUUCGUCGGCUUUGUCUGUUUUGCCACAAUAACCAUAAUGAAUGUUGUCACUGGUAUUAUUUUUGAGGCAUAUCUAUCCAUCUCCCAACAGUUGAGUAUUGAGAAACAAUGGGAAGAAAGGAAUAUGAUCAAGGGUAGAUUAAUGAAGUUACUUAAAGGUAAAAGGUCAAAAAAUGGUAAGAAAUUUUUGACGGUUCCUUAUGGUUCGAAAAUGCAUGGGAAAGGAGUUAAAUUCGAUAAAUCGCCUAAUAAAUCAAUGGGUAAAAUGGAUGAAGUUCAUAAUAUAAAAAUAAACAUAACACCAGCGGAAUCACAUGAUUUGGAUUGCAAAAUUGUUACGGAUGAUUCGUCUCACAGCUUCAACUAUCUUAUCAACUCCCAACUUUCUGGUUUAUCAAAUUCAUCCGCAAUAUCUGCUUGUUCAGAAAACAUUAGUAUACCUCAAGAUGACCCUAAACAGGCACUAAUCCUGCCAGCAAUAUCAAGAAUAAUCCAGGAUGGAGAAGUUACUACUUUUCAGGCCUUAGAUGUACUUGAACUUAUGUCCUCUAAUGGAAUAAAGAAUAUUUCGGUUUAUGAGUUUACUGAAGCAUGUAAUAGACUCGCUGGCAAUGCGUCUAAUAGACAAUUGUUGGCUCUGGAAUUUUCCAUUCAUAAGAGGUUUAACCAAUUGGAGUCGCUAAUUAAUAGUAAGGGAUGA